CUUUACUGUGCCUCGGCUCAGACGUGCUCACACAGCCGAUGUGCAUAUCGUAGGAUCCUACCAAUGUGAGAAGGCGUAAGGACCGAGCGGCAGCCUUGUUGUUAGUGAGAAGUGAAUACGUUUUUGUGCAAAGGCUGUCGACUUUCCGCAGCACAAAGUAAAUAGAGAGAAGCACAAAUGGUUUUGUGUUCAUUUGUUUUACGUUGAGGAGACUGGGUGGAUUUGUAGGUUUUCUGUCUGAAUGGGAAUCCACUCUUUUUAUCGCAGACGGGACUGGACUUCAGACUCAGCGGCUGAUAAGGAGAAGCCUGUACUUUGAACACUCUGCUGUUCGUUUUCUUUCUUCUUUCUCCCUUCUUCAUAAGAUGCCAGGAUUCCAUCCAUCAUACACCGUCCACUUCAGGCCGGGCUGUUCAUCUGGAAGGGCGCCAGACCUUCAGUCUCUCAAAUAUGCAAGUUCAGUCCAAUAAAUGGUGACGUUGUCUGUCAGCCCUGGAAUAAGAAAUCAAUACUCAAGAAAUCAGACACGAUAUUCCUCUGGAAUUUUAACGAACUGUUUUCCCAGCCAUCCUGAUAAAUAUGCGCUUUGGUUGGAUUAGGGUGGUUUGGUCCAGCUUGGCGCUUUUUUAGCUUGAGCAGCGCUGAUGGUGAGAGAUUCUUAGUGUUGAUUUUGUCCAUGCAAGACUCGGGGUGGAAACAUGUCUGGCCACUGCGUUGAGAGGAUCGCUGCUAUCAGAGAUGGCAUUUUGGUCCAGCACUUCGGUUUUCACCUCUAAAGUGCCCCGGAAAAUCUUAUUCAUGUUCACCCUCUCCCUCUCCGUCACCUACUUGUUCUACAGCUUGAUGAGCUGCUACAACUCGCUGCACUUCCCGCUGCAGGACAACUAUGUGUUUCAAGGUAGGCUGGUGACAGAGGAUGCAACUUUUGUGACACUGAGGGAGAAAGUUUACUCGGCUUCACCAGGUUUCACGGAAUUCACACAGGCUGUGAGAACAACCUCGGUUCCUACGGUAAGAGAGCGCGAUGAUGCCGAACAAAGGACGGUGGAGUGGAUUAGGACGCAGACGUCUCCAACUAAAUCUGCGGCGAUGUUUCGCCCCACCGCGCCGGAGAGGGAGCACCAGGAGAUCAGCACCACGGACAGCGGACUCAGGGUGAACUGCACCUCGGAUUACGGGGAGAAGAAACUUCCCCAAGCCAUUAUAAUCGGAGUGAAGAAAGGGGGGACCCGAGCCCUGCUAGAGGCUCUCAGGGUGCACCCAGACGUGAGAGCCGUUGGGAAUGAGCCACAUUUCUUUGACAGGAACUACGAGAAGGGGCUGGACUGGUACAGAGACCUGAUGCCUUCUACGCUGGAGGGGCAGAUCACCAUGGAGAAGACACCAAGCUACUUUGUGACUAACCAUGCCCCUAAGCGCAUCCACUCCAUGGCCAAGGACAUCAAGCUUAUUAUUGUUGUGCGUAAUCCUGUCACUAGAGCCAUUUCAGACUAUACACAGACCUUAUCUAAGAAACCCGAGAUCCCCACUUUUGAGGUUCUGGCUUUUAAGAAUCGGACGCUGGGGCUUAUAGAUGCCUCCUGGAGUGCUUUGCGUAUAGGAAUAUAUGCACUCCACCUGGAGAGCUGGAUGCAGUACUUCCCUCUUUCCCAAAUGCACUUUGUAAGUGGGGAGAGGUUGAUUGUGGACCCCGCCGGAGAAAUGGCUAAAGUGCAGGACUUCCUUGGACUGAAGCGGAUUGUCACAGACAAACAUUUCUACUUCAAUAAAACUAAGGGAUUUCCAUGUCUAAAGAAGCCAGAGGACAGCAGCACCCCGAGGUGCCUUGGCAAGUCCAAAGGAAGAACUCACCCCAAAAUUGACCCAGAUGUGAUUCGGCGGCUGCACAAAUUCUACAAACCCUUUAACAUGAUGUUCUACCAAAUGACUGGCCAGAACUUUGAAUGGGAGCUGGAGGAGGACGGUGUUUCCCGUAGCUCUCAGGACUAGCAUGGCACCACUUAACCACACCACCAGCCUUCUCACUCAAAAAACCAUUGCCCCACUUCAUCUUAAGAGAGUAAUUGAGUGCCCCAAUCAAUUAUGGCUCUCCUUGCAGUUUGUGUAUGCAUUAGCAAGAGUUUACUGACAUGCUUUUUCUUGAAGAUGGCAAACCGUUAUGUAUACUAAACAUAAAAUAUAUUUAUAUUUGUGUAAAUGA